GAAAGUGGCAAGGUAAAUAUUAUCUCCACUGUGUUGGUAUUUUAUUUACUAACUAUGCAUACAACAUAUGCCACCUCUUUAAUAAUAUUUAAAUCAGCCUUCUAAAACUAACGGUGUGAGGAUUGGGCAACCGUCAAGUUAACAUCCUCUGAGAUAAGAGAUGCAGCAGUAUGUUACCUCUGUGGCUGUAAUAACGUCUUAUAUUAUGGGACGGAGGGAGUAUUACGCUAAAUUCUCAUAUAGCUGCAUUUUGAUGCCUAUAAUGUGAAUGCAUCUUCUUACCAUGUGUUUUUCUUUGUAGGCCAGUAUUGUUAAAUUCAGCUCUGGAACCUUGCACAUUCUUGCUCCUAAACCUCAUUCUUCCUCUCAUGUGGUGAUCUUGUAUGAGACCGGAAUAAAAGAGCCUGGAGUCUGCAAAAAUAUGGCAGGGAUAUCUGGGAUAUCCAACGAGAGUGGGGAGAUUUGUGAUAACACAUCACAUCCUAUGGAGAUAAUUUCUUCACCAAAACACCAUAAUCAACAUGGAAUUUUGAACCCAGCAGUGACGAAGGGAGCAUCUAUUGUUAUAAGAAAUUUUGUCAGCACAAACCCUAAUUAUCUACGAACUCUUAGUCAGGCACAUGCUGGCUGGAUCUUUGGAGCAAUAGCAGAGCUCAUUGAUAACUCCAGGGAUGCUGGUGCAUCCAGGUAUGCCCUUGUCUUCAAAGUGUAUUUUCAGAAAGGUGCUUGGUUGUUUAUUCUUUAAAUCUUUUGUAGGACUAGUUGGGCAUUGUGUGUUGUCUUGUGCUGCAUUAUGUAAUAUUAGUCAGUUAAGAGAAUAUGUAAUAAUUCAAGUUAUAGAACAUAAAGAUAGUAGCUCUAAGAGAGAUAUUUAAAAUUUGUUAUACGAUAUUAUUUAUGAAACUAGUAAAAUAAAAUGUAGACUAAAAACCCCAGUGCAUGAAAUGUUAAAUAUUAUUUUUAACCAUCUUAUUUUUUCUUCGGUUUAUUAACGGGAUAGUUUGCUUCUCUCCCUAGGGAAUAUGUAUAUUGUAUCCUUCUUUUGGCAGUCUAGGAUUUUUUUCGGAGCUUCUUGCCUUCUUCCUGUUCGUAGUUUCCGGUUUCCACGACCUGUAGCAAUACAUAUUCUCAAUAAUUCCUCACUGAUGAGUGCCUUAGACGUGUUUUUAGAUUAUCUGGAGCUUUUUAUUGUUCGUUUCCACUAACUGAUUUGUUUCUUUCAUUUUUCCUUUUAUUCACGGAAGGUUGGAUAUUUCCAUCCAAUCUAUGUUUUCAAAGCAAGCAGGGCAAAAAGUUCCUGUCUUAUGUGUUGUUGAUAAUGGCCAUGGAAUGACUUAUGCCCAAAUGAUGAGAAUGGUCUCAUUUGGUCACAAAGGACCAAAUGAACACUGCCAGGAUCAGAUUGGGAGGUUUGGAAUUGGAUUUAAGGUAAACUUCUGUCAUUAAAUGUCGUCAAAUAUUCUCAUUCCUAUACUGUCCUCGAUUAAUGAUACUUGUUGUGACCGUUUUAUGUAUUUUGAUAUGUACAUCCAUCAUAUGGUAUUGAUAAGAUUUGUCUGAUUUAUUUUAACUGUGUAACUAAAACUUGCCUGACUGUUACCUUAUUAGACUAUAGUGAACUACUUAGAUGUGUAAUUAUAUUGGUAAUGAAGACAACACAUACAAUAAUGCAACGGUGUGGCUACUAAAAGCAGGGAACGGUGUGUUGUUCAGUAUACCUGCAAACUUGUUAGUUCUACAGUAUCAUUUGGUAAGUUCUCAGGUGUAAUGUGAAUGCCAUGCUCUAGGUCGAUUUAACUUCAAACCUUUUUGUCCAGUAAACAAGUAUGACUAGGAAUUUUUAGUCUGUAACUUCACAAACAAUAAUCAAUUGUGUUGUUUUGUUGUAGACUGGUGCUAUGAAACUUGGGAGAGAUGCAUUUGUUCUUACCCAAACUUCAACGUCCAGAUCAGUAUCCUUUCUAUCCCAGUCUUUUAAUGAAAAUAAAGACAAUCUUGAGAUCCCUGUGGUGACAUAUUGCAAGAAAGAUCAAUACAUGGAAGUUGAUUUGGGUGUGCAAUCUGAAGCUACUGCAGAAUAUAACCUGAAUGCUAUCAAGAAAUUUUCCCCAUUUAAUGAGUAUUUCAUUGGAGAAAAGGUGGGCUUAUUUGGUGAAGAGGGCACUGGCACACAGGUUUACAUAUGGAAUUUGGAUAGAUGGGGUACAGAUUACACCUUGGAGUGGAACUCACAAAAAACUGAUGAAAGCCCUGACAGUCAUGGUAAUGGGGACAUAUUAAUCCGUUCAAAAAGAGUCAGAUCACGUCCAGGACAAACAAAUGGCAAUGUACCCUUGGAUUAUUCACUUAAAGCUUAUGUAGAAGUUAUGUUUCUGAAUCCUCAGAUGAAAAUUACUGUCCAAGGGUCUCCGUCUUACAAACGAGUUGGAGCUCAAAAGCAUAAUGCUGACACGGGCCGUGGAAUAAUAGGAGUUGUAGAUAUUACAAAUCUCAUUGAUGAUAAAGAUGGUCAUACUUGGGUUCUUAACAGUAAACAGGGGUUUCAAGAUUGUGAGAUAUAUGCAGAACUGGAGGAGUGGCUUGGUAGAAAAACCGAUGAAUACUGGGAUGCAAAUUUUGACCCUCUUAAUUUGGUAAGGGAGUAUGAGUCAGUUUAUGUUGAAAACAUCUUAUACAUAUCUGGUCAUGAAGUACUCGAAGUAAUCUCUCUAAGCACCUACGACAUAGAUUGA